AUGCCCUCAAAAGACGACGUCUAUGAUUAUAGACACCCUCUUUAUAUCGGCGACUGGAAAAAGUCUAUCGCGUGUAUUGAUGAUGAUUUCGCAAAUGAUGAUUUGGAUGGUCCUCAUAUGAAGCGAAAAAUGACCAUUUUAAAUUAUUAUCCAGAAAUCAAAAAACUGUACGGACACGAUAGUAGAACUGCGUUUAUCACCAUAAUAGUGACAAUGAUUCAGUUAGCCGUUUCUUAUGUAUUUAGUAGUUUGUUAACCGAUUGGCAUUGGACAAUGUUCGUGGUUUCUUUUUUUAUUGGAGGGACAACGACACAAAUUUGUAUUGUAAUAAUUCACGAGGUAUCUCAUGGUCUUGCCGCAAGAACAACAUUUCAAAACCGCCUCGUAGGACUUAUUGCAAAUAUAUCAAUACCGUUGCCAAUUGCCAUGCCGUUUCGUCGAUAUCACCUGGAACAUCACACUUUUCAAGGUGUGAAGGGAAUGGAUCCUGACUUGCCCUUGGAUUGGGAGAAGGAUAUUAUUAGUGGCAGUACGUCGUUAAAAUUUAUGUGGCUAACCCUCUUUCCUAUUAUCAAUCUAAUUCGCAGCCUGGCCAUGUUAAAGAGUCCACAACUGUGGGAAUAUAUAAACUAUUUAUUUACCAUCUCUAUCGAUUUCCUCAUCUUUCAUUAUUUCGGCGGACGCGGAUUAUUAUAUCUAGUUUUAUCUUUAUGGUUUGGGUAUAGCAUUCAUCCAGCGGCUGCACGAUUCAUUCAGGAACAUUAUACCUUUGAUGAUGGGCAAGAAACCUAUUCUUAUUAUGGAUGCCUCAACAAGAUUUUUAUGAAUAUUGGAUAUCACAAUGAACAUCACGAUUUUACAAAGAUUGCAUGGUCCCGUUUACCCGAGAUACGUAAGAUUGCAUCGGAAUACUACGAUGAUCUUGCCUAUCACACCUCAUGGUUCAUGGUUCAUUGGAAUUUUGUCACGAAACGGCAAUUCGGACCACAAAGCCGUGUCAGCAGGAGUUUUAAAGAUCACCAAAAAGGGCGCAAAAUGAUCAAAACAUUGAAAAAACUAAUGGAAGAAUGA